CAAAAUUUCUCACUCAAUUACACUCCUUUGUCUCUCAGCUCCUCUUUCUUUUGUUUGCAUCUUCAUCUCCUCCCCUGUUUUCUCAGAAAAAAAAAGAAAAAAAGAAAAAAAAACCCAUUCUUGAUAUGAGAAAGAGCUUGACAUGAUGGAAGGAAUCAGAGGAAAAGUUGGGCUUGUGGAAGAUCAAGAUAUGGGUGAUGGCAUGCAGUGUAGUAAUCAUCCUUACAGAAACAACCCAGGUGGGAUCUGUGCAUUUUGUCUCCAAGAGAAGUUAGGAAAGCUUGUUUCUUCUUCUUUUCCUUUACCCAUCCGUGGAUCCUCCUCUUCGUCUCCUUCUCCGUCAUUUAGAUCUGAUACCGGCGUUGUUUCUGCCGGUUAUGGUAAUGGUGGCAUCGUCACUGGUCCUUCUUCUUCCUCUGUUUCUCUGUCUAUCUCUGUUGGUCCUGCUUCGAUGAGUGUUAAACGAAAUGAUGAUAGUUGUCGUGAAUAUUAUGCGAGGCGGGCGAGGAUUCCGUUUCUGUUGGCUAAGAAGAAAAAGAAGAUGAUGAUGGCGUCGGCGGAUCAUCGGGCGGCUGAUGUUGUGUUCAAAAGGAGCAAGUCUACUACGACGCUGAGGAGAAGCGGUUCUGCCGUGUUGUACGACGGGGAGGAGUUUAGUCCAAGGAAACGAGGUGGGUUUUGGUCGUUUCUUUAUCUUUCUUCAAAAUCCGCCUCCCAUUCUGGGAAAAAACCGGAAAAGACUGCAUCUUGGGCGCCGGUGGUAACUGGGUCGUCGUCCUCUGUUCUGAAACAGAGAGAGAAAUGCAUGGGGGGUUCGUCAUUGUCUGCGAGAAAAGGAAGCAUUGUGGUGGUGGAGGACGAUGACAGUCCCACAAGCCAAACCACCGCCUCCUCCUUUGAACGGAAGGUGUCAAGAUCCAGAUCCGUCGGUUGUGGAAGCAGGAGUUUCUCCGGUGACUUCUUCGAGAGAAUCUCAACUGGGUUUGGAGAUUGCACUCUUCGGAGAGUUGAAUCGCAAAGGGAAGGUAAACCCAAGCAUCCCUCCGCCUCCGUCAUGAAGGAAAGAGUCAAGUGCGGUGGCAUUUUCAGUGGCUUCAUGAUGACAUCUUCAUCCUCCUCAUCCUCUUCCUCAUCCUACUGGGUAUCAUCCUCCACCGAGGAAAUGAAUGGAAAACCAACGGGCCGGCCAGUCGUCCACAGCCGGAGCAAGAGUUGGGGGUGGGCAUUUGCUUCUCCGAUGAGAGCCUUUAGCCACAAGAAUGGGAAAAGAUCAGACACUACCACCAUUAGAGAAGCUAACAAGAAGAACACAACUCCAAAUCUCUCUGCAAUUCCUUCAUUGUUAGCUGUUAGAAGCUAAAGGGAAGAACUUUGGGGAGGAUACACAUUAAAUUUGCCUAAUUUACCUGUUAAUUUCUGUGUUAAGUUCAUUUCUUUGAACUCUAUCCCAUUAGUAAUGCUACACUGUUUUUAUCUUUGUCCUGAAAAUGUCAUAUUCUUUUUAUUAUUUUUAUUUUGAUCCUUUUAUAUAUAUAUAUAUAUAUAAAUUUGCAAAUAAUCUCAUUCUUUAGGU